UCUACAUUCGAUCCAAUACCGGAACAGAGCACGUUAGAGACCUCCUAGUUCCUGUGGGUGUCGCCGCCCCCGCCGUCAACUCGAGUCUGACCUCGUUCCCUUCACCAAUAACCACAACCCUCACCUACCAGACUCUCGGCGCCACCAACCUGGCAUGCCGCCUCCGCUGCCUAGGUUCCCCAGUGGGCCUAAUAACAUACCGCCCUACCAUCAACAGUUUUCCGCCCACGCCCAAGGACAUGGCGCCGCCCAUGGCCCCCCCUUGGGUACCAACCCUUCCUACCUCAACGCCAGUUCCCAAAUCAACCCUUUCUCGGCCAACAACAAUGUCCUCGGUGUCGCUGCCGGUUUGAGCGCAGCUGGGUUUGGCGUUGGCGUUGGCGUCGGUGUCGGCGUCAACGACGCGACCGGCCUAGGGAGCCAUGCGGCGCGCAUGGGUUUUCAGGCAGCCGGUCUCCACCAGCAACAGCAGCAACACGGCCAACCGCAACACAACUUCGCUGCCGACCACGGUGGCCCCAACAUUCGGUCCGGCACGAAGGCCAGAAUACGAGAGGUGUGGAAGCAUAAUCUUCACGAAGAAAUGGCCGUGUUACGAGACCUCGUGGACAAAUAUCCCUACAUCGCCAUGGACACCGAAUUUCCAGGUAUCGUCUCGCGGCCGAUGGGCGGGUUCAGAGGGAAGAGCGAUUAUCACUACCAAUGCCUACGGACCAACGUCGACAUGCUCAAGGUCAUCCAGAUUGGACUAGCGCUGUUCAACGAGGAUGGCGAGACUCCUCCCGCAAGACCAAAUUCCGGCGACGGCGCAGAUAUCGGCAUGGCGGGACGGCGCAUGACCCAACCAGGACCGUUCCCUUACGCGUGGCAGUUCAACUUCAAGUUCUCCCUCAAGGACGACAUGUAUAACGAGAAGUCGGUCGAGUCGCUCCAGACGGCCGGCAUCGACUUCAACCUCCUAGAACGUGACGGUAUUGACCCUCAUGAAUUCGCGAGCUUAUUGAUCCCUUCGGGCUUGGUCUGCUUCGAGAACGUUCGGUGGAUUUCCUUCCACGGCGGCUACGACUUUGGCUAUCUUACCAAGCUCCUCUUCUGCCAGCCGCUCCCGAGUGACGAGGUCGACUUCGAUAGGAUCAUGAAGCUCUACUUCCCCUCGACCUACGACGUCAAGCAUCUCAUGAAGCACGCCAUCAAGCUCCACAACUCGGGACUGCUGACACCCAACGACCCCACCACGGCCGAGAUCCUGCAAAAAUUCGAGCUCAAGUCCGGCCUGGAAAACAUCGCGGAGACCUUGAAGGUCAAGCGCGUCGGGGCCGCUCACCAGGCCGGCUCCGACUCCCUCAUCACCGGCAAGGUGUUUUUCCAGAUGCGCGAGCGCAUCUUCAACGGCGAAAUUGCCGAGGACCACCUCGGCAGGGUCUGGGGCCUAGGCGUCCCCGACGGCGGCUUGCUCGUGGGCCACAUGCUGUCCAACCAGCAGCAGCAACAGGCAGGGCCCGGUGGCAAUAACCCCUCCGGAAACCCGCAAGAACAGACGCCCGGCCAGGGCAACGCCAACGCGCACGGCGGCAACGGGCAAAACGGCGGCGCUCCUAGCACUCCCAACACGGUCAGCGUCGGGCUUGCGAGCACGCCGGCCCCGCAGUCCCAUAACACCAACGGCUUCAACACGGGUCCCGUGACGCCCGGCGGCGGGGGUGGUGUCUUUGGAAGCUUUGCCUUUGGGGGCAGCCGCUAAAGAGCAUGAGUCGGCGCGCGGGCUUCGGCGGGAUUCUAAGAUGAUGUGUGCGCAGGGGACUUUUUUUCUUUUCUUCUUACGGAA